AUGGCGGCCCAUCAAUUAGCACCCGCAGGCAACUCCGUCGGAAUCUUUCCGCAAGUAACCGCGCGACAGACUGAGACCUUGAUACUGAAAGAGAAGAUGCUCUCCCUCACCGGCGACAACUUCGACAUCAAACUCGUCAACGGCACACCGAUUUUCAGCGUAAAGGGAAAGGUCAUGUCAAUCUCGGGGCGCAAGUCGAUCUACGAUAUGAGCGGUACCCAUCUCUUCGAUAUCGUAAAAGAACACUUCCACCUUCACACAACCUUCGCCGCCAUCGACCCACACGAUAAGAAGAUUAUGGAAGUCAAGAACAGUUUCGCCUUGAUUGGCUCCAAGGCAACUGCUACUUUCAUCUCACCAAGCACCGGCAAGACAGAGACGUUGGAAAUGAAAGGAAACUGGCUUUCAACCCAGGCAGACAUUGUUGAUUCCAGUACCGGCCAAGUCUUGGGUAGGAUCGACCGCAACAUGCUGAGGGCUCGGGACUUUUUCGGAGGCAAACAGACAUAUGCGCUCACAGUGGCUCCGGGAGUGGACAUGGCGCUGAUGGCUGCACUGUGUAUUUGCUUGGACGAGAAGAAGAACGAUAACAACGGAUAG